AUGUCGUCGACCGCUUCCACGACCCCUCGUUCGACAUCGGGUCGCAAACGAUCCUUGCCGCCGUCUUCGUCGCACACCACAGACGCCCGUAGGGACCGCGACCGCGACCGCGACCGCAAGCAGGACCGUGAUCGAGAGCGACGGCACCGCGAACGUGACCAUGACCGACACGAUCGCGAUCGACGACACCGAGACGACGACGGCUUGCCAUGGUGGGAACAGGACCGAAGGGGAAGUACAAGGGACGUGAGCGAUCGACGACGUGGACCCAAUCACGACUGCGACUCUCGACGCGCAACAAUCGAUCGCCACAAUCGACGAGAUGCCCCGAGUGAUACUCAUGGUCACGGCCAUGCCAGAGACCAGGACGAGAGGUAUCGUCAUGUCCCCUCUUCCUCCUCCUCCUCGCAUGCUAGGGACAGAUCCCAUACUGGCGCCUGUUCGCACCGGCAGGGGGACCACCGCAACGGAUUCCGUCGCGAAGGCAGUUAUGGUCGAGCGCACGGACAGUUUUCGCCCCCUCCUGCGUCCAGGAAUGACGUGGAGUAAGUCAAACUCUCUCUGCACAGCUCAGAUUUCUCAACGGUCGAAUCGAAACGAUCCCGCGGUGAGACUUUGGGCUCGGUUGUAUGGCCCGGACUGAGCUGACUAGACCCCGUCCUCACAGCUUCUUGAACUACUCGGAUACGCCAGUGUCCGCCAAACCCCCUGUGGAUGGUAGGUCUCGCCUUGAAAGCCAUGCACCGACCCCGAUCCCGUCGACCCUCCCUUCCGCCCCGGAACCGACCUCCACGGCACAAGUCCCGACAGAGAACGCACCCCGCGAACCCGAGCCCGAGCUCGAACUAGAGGUCGCGGCGCCCGUCGACCCCGAAGCGAUCAUCGCCGAGCGACGACGACGACGCGCCGAGAUCUUGGCCAAGUACUCGAAUGCCAACAACUCGACCGCCGCGAGUGAGGCAUCGACGCCUGUUGCCGAAAGGGUCUCGACUCCCGAAGUCGGCGAUUCGGAACAGCGCGAGUUGAAGCGGGUCAAGCUGGGGACUGGUGAGUGCAUCUAAGCUCCCUGCGAAUCACACUGGCUCCGGUACCUAAUUCAAAUUUGAACGGCGUUUACAGCUUCUCCUGCGCCCUCCUCCGAUGUGACGUCAAACACAAUCCCGAACACGGCAGCAGGAGCAGCGGACGAAUUCAAUCUCGUGAAGGACGCCGAUGCCGAUGCCGCCGCUCGAGCAGCGGAGCAGGAUGCGACCGCGCAUAUCGAAGGAGAGGAGGAGAUCUCUGCAGCCGACUACAACCCCGAUGAGGAUCGCAAGAAUGAUGAUCGUCGACGAGCUGAACGGGUGACCAAGCCGACAGCCACCAAAACAGAGGACCAGGCUGGGGUUGAUCUCACUCAAGGGGCGGGCAACGACGGUGAUGAGGAUGAUGAGGAUGAUAUGUUUGCGAUCGGGACCAAGCCGUCGAAGCCCGUCGACGAAGAUGAAGAAGAUGCUGGGAAGCCAGUCUUUGUUCCUGUAUGUUUCCCUAUGUCCUUGUGCGAUGCGAUGAUGUUUCCUGCUUGCUGAUUCUCUUCCGCGCGGUCUUUUUACAGGUCAUCCAUCGCGAGUACAAUGCAGACGCUGGUCAACUGGCCGACAACUUUGACGAUGCGGAUGGGUACUACAAGCUGAUCAUUGGCGAGCUGCUCGACAAUGGGCGCUACCACGUCCAGGCCAACCUCGGCCGAGGCAUGUUCUCCUCUGUCGUACGCGCCAAAGAUAGCGAAUCGACGACAGGCGAGGACGUGGCGAUCAAGAUCGUGCGUUCGCAAGAGUCGAUGUUCAAGGCUGGUCUGAAGGAGGCGCAGAUCCUACGCAAGCUCCAAGAAGCCGAUCCGGAGGACAAGAAGCAUCUCGUGCGGCUGCUGAGGACGUUCGAGCAUCGAGGGCAUCUUUGUCUCGUCUUUGAGAAUUUGAGCAUGAACUUGCGAGAAGUCGUCAAGCGGUUCGGCAAGGAUGUCGGGAUCAACCUACGUGCUGUGAGGGCGUACGCUUCGCAGAUGUUUUUGGCGCUGGCAUUGCUCAAAAAGUGCGACAUCAUGCAUGCCGAUAUCAAGCCUGAUAACAUCCUGGCAAGUCCACUGGAUUACACUAUAUAGGGAGAUGCGUGACUGAUGGUUGGCUUCGUCCCAUUACAGGUCAACGAGUCCAAGUCCGUGCUCAAAGUCUGCGAUUUGGGAUCGGCGUCUGAUGUCACCGAGAAUGACAUCACGCCCUACCUCGUCUCUCGAUUUUAUCGUGCGCCUGAAAUCAGUUAGUCGCUUCUCACAAAGCUCACAGCACGAGUUGAGGAGUCUGUACUGACCCUCUAAUUUUUUUGCUUGCAGUUCUGGGCAUGACCUAUGAUUGCUCUCUCGAUACCUGGUCAAUUGCGUGCACCCUUUAUGAGCUGUACACUGGAAAGUGAGCAAAUCUGGCUCCUCCCUUGCCCCCCGACAAACCCGUGAACUGAUUCCGCUGUCGCACAGAAUCCUCUUCCCCGGGCGGUCAAACAAUCACAUGCUAUUGCUCAUCAUGGAGCUCAAAGGCAAAUUCCCGCACAAGCACUUGAAGAAAGGUCGUUUUACGGACCAACACUUUGACCCUUCGUUGAACUUCAUCUCGGUCGAAAAGGACGGUAGUUCCCUCAAGACCGUCGCCUUAUCAUCCAAAGCGGCGCAUGAUUUGAGAUCGAGGUUGAUGCCCCCUAGUGUGAUCAAGAAGUUGAAAGAGGACGAGGCGAGGUUGCUGGGUCAUUUCGUCGACUUGUUGGACAAGAUGCUGAGCUUGGAACCGAGCAAGAGGCCUUUGCCGAAGGAUCUGUUGAGCCACCCGUUCAUAAGGGGUUGA